AUGAUUACACUGAUAGACCUGUGCAUAGUUAUACUACGGGAUGAUGAUGAUGAUGGUUUAUUCCAGAUUAUCGCCACCACAAUCGUAGCAAUGACCGCUGCAGCCCAGCUACCAUCUGCAACUUAUCUUCCGAGUUCAGGAUCUGGACAUCAUUCUGGAGGACCUGGUUCUGCUGGUUCUAUAAAUGGAAACCAGUUUGAAGGCAAUGGUAAUACUCGUCCUCAACAAGCGGUUGAGAGGAAUGCUGCUGUAUUGAAAAUAGUUAAUGAAGCUGGAGAGAAUGGGUUCCAAUACGCUUACGAAACAUCGAACGGCAUCCGAGCAGAAGAAUCUGGCAACGCAGCUCAAACUCAGGGAGGAUUUGCCUACAAAGGGGACGAUGGCCAAGUCUACUCCGUCAGGUUCACAGCUGGAGAAGGUGGAUUCAGGCCUGAGGGGGCUCAUCUUCCUGUACCGCCUCCAACUCCUGUGGAGAUUCUGCUGGCUUUGAAACAGAAUGAGCAAGAUGAGGCUGCUGGGAUCUUUGAUGAUGGUUUAUAUCAUCCAGAAAAAGAAGGCAAACCUGGUCAAAGUGCAACAGUUCAAAGACCUGGUUCUGGCAAUCACCAAGGAAGUUUCAAUUCUAACACUGGUUACACCUACUGA